AUGCACAAAAGUCUUACAACAAUUGAUAAUUAUGAAUUCUUGCUGUCGAAUGAGUUAAGGAAAUUCUCGGAGGACGAACUUCGAGAAACAGAAGAUAGACGAACGCAAGCUAUAAAAGCACUUCGCGAAUGGAUAAUGUCCAAUUCACGCAUAGAUUUGGCACGAAUGGAUGCGAAAUUUCUCUUGCGCUUUCUGCGAGCUAAGAAAUUCAAUGUUGCAAUGGCUCAAGAUAACUUGGAACGGUUCAUCUUGCUAAGAAACGCACGUGAAGGUAUGGUUUUUCACGAUUUAGAUCAUCUGCUGCCCAGAAUGGUUGAAUUAUUAGACCUGGGACAUAUUUUUGUCUUGCCAGGGAGGGACGAUUUCAAUAGAAGAAUCAUCUUUUACAGGCCAGGUGUUUUUGAUCCUUCUAAAUACAUUAACUUGGACAUGAUCAAAAUUUUUGGCAUUUGCUAUGAAACUCUGAUGGAAGAUGAGGAGAAUCAAAUUCGCGGUUUUGUGCAUGUAGUUGACUGUGCCGGACUAGGUUUGAAGCACAUGACGUUGUUUACGCCAAAGGAAGCUGUUCGCAUUGUAAAGAACGGAGAACGAAUAAUUCCUAUGAGACACAAAACCGUUAUUGCAUUCAAUUUAAGUCCUUCUAUCAAGUUUGCUGUUGAUUUCGGUAUGGCACUAAUAAGUGAGAAAAUGAGAAAGAGGAUAAAUAUCUACAAAGAUAUUGACGAAUGUGACAAAAUUGCACGAGAUUUACUACCAGCGGAGUACGGGGGGAAAAUUCCGAUGAAACAAAUGAUUGAAUCAUGGAAAAAUGAGCUAGCAGUUAAACGUGAUCUAAUCUUGCUUCACGACAAAAUGCAGGUGAAAUUGGAUCUUUACACUGAAGGAGAACGAGAGGGAGCACUGAGUGCUCUUAAAAAACCUUUGGGAUUUAAUGAUGAGUCGACAAAUUCAAUGUAUGGCACACAGGGCAGUUUUCGUAAACUUGAAGUAGAUUAAAUUUAGAAUUAUGUCAAAAUUAGAAUAAAGGGUACUUACAUU